CCUCGUUUUCCACUGGACGCCAUCUUCCCAGCUCAGGUGUAAUGGUAAAAAAGAAGAAAAGGGAUGAGGCCCUCAUCAAGGAAAAGAUGCAGCGUACAUUCUCCCUCAGGAGACAGGAGGUUCUCCAGGAGCCAAAGAUUCCAGAGUUUUUCAAUAAAUGGCCAGCACUCUUUGACGUCAUUGAGAUCAACUUGGAGUUUAUGCGGCUGACAACUGUACCACUGACCUUAACAUUUUUGAGGGAACUGGACCGCCUGACCGGCGACCUGAUCAGGGUUUUCAACACUAAAGGGGGAGCUGCAGGGGAAAAAAUCGGAGCCAUGAUGGCAAAGAUGGAGAAUAAUCAAGACAUCAACGUGAGGCGUGAUUGCGUUUUGAGAUGUCUCAGCAUCUACCUCUGUGAAGACCUGGACACAUUGGUCAAAGAAUACGUGGAAGUAAAUCCAAAUGGUCCGGAGGGGCCUGAGGUGAAGAGACGGGUCCUGGCACCUAAGCGUCUCCCAUCUGCCAGCAACAAUUCUGCCCCAAACACGAAGGCAGCUGAGGAUCUGAGGCAGACUAUAAAGCCAAAGCCGGAUGUGAAGAGGUCAAAUGCUUCGUUGGAUAAAGUGCAGUCUCUUCUGUCUUCACGGAAAUCCUUGCGUCUUAAGGAAGCACAAAACCUUAGCCUCAGAGUAGGACGAACCUAUGAACAUGACAUCGAAUGCAGUGAGGCCGAGGCAGAUGUCGCAGGGACAACCAUUGCAAUCUACACCGUUCAAGCUGAGGGUGAUGAUCAUGAUGGUCCUGGUGGACUCUUUGCAGAUGUCGGUAUGGUCCUGGAAGGGGUCCAAGUUCUCAACAACCUCCAAAGUAUCAACCAUGCAUGCAUAAUGCUUUAUGGGUUGGUCUAUGCUCUUAAUUUGAGCUAUCCAAAAAACUUGAAGUAUACAUUCGAAGCUUACCAGAAGAUCCUGAUGGACCUGGAAUCGUCCAAGCCUUCAGCCAAAGUACGAGCACUGAAACUCAAAUUGUUCAGGUGACUCUUUUUUUGGGGUGGGGUGGUGAUGGGAGGAGGAAGUACAGGAAGAGACCUAUGUUCUACUACUAUAUGUUUAAUGUUGUUGAGCCUGAAGAGUUUGUUCUGUCCUUUCAUAUCCCAUUACAGCGAUCGUUCCAGCAGAUACAGAUGUAAGGAAUGUUGUUGAGCCUGUAGUUUGUUUGUUUGUUCUAGAUCUAGAAAAAAGAGCAGGUCCUUUACUGCCAUUGUUGGAGCAGAUACUAACUUGCCUCUGUUCUAUUGCAAUUACAAAACAUGUUUCAUGUUCCAUCUAUAGCAGUAGAUUACUUGGUUGAAGAGCUACACUACCUGCUGAGUACAGUGUCUGUGUGAAGAGAAGCGUUAAUAAAUUAGUUGAAUCAACAA